AUGCUCAGAGCAAGAGAACCUUUGAUGUUGCAGAACGACCGAAAUAAAUUAUAAAGAAAUAUUUAUUAAUAAAAUAACAGAUUUAUGUUAAAUAAACCAGAGUUGUCAAAGGAAUUGAGUGUUUUCUUGGAAUUGUUGCAUCAAGAUAAGGAGGACUACAAGGGCUACGAGAAUUAUUUGAUUGGCAGUGAUCUCGAUGACAUGGAAAGUAAGAAGGUGGAUCAAUAUGGGAUCUCUCAAUUAUCUAUAGUUAACCUGAGAGCGAAGUAUCGACUCAACGAGACAAUGCCUCUCUUAAUAUUGGGGAUUUGUUUUCUUCAAUUUUUAGAGAUCUAGAAAAUCAAGUGUAUUCUACAUUGUCUCAGCGAAUCAAAUAAUUAUAAGUAAGAUGGUUAUUUAACCUAAAAAAUCAACGAGUUCUCCUUGUAGAACUAGAGUCUCGAAACUAACAAUAAACUAUUGGUCGAAGCUCUCAACUCAUCCCAACAGGAGAUUCAAGUCUUGGCAGCCUCGCACGAAGAAUCAUCGCACAAAUUGAAGAAAUCUAUCUAAGAUUUGAAGAAAUAAUGUGAGGAAUUAAACAAAUCUUUAGUUUACACUUAAUAGAUCAAUUCGAAUUUAUUAUAAUAAAUUGACAGGGAACAAUAAAGCUAUAAGAAGAACGAGGAAGAAUUCAGGGAUGCAUCUCAAAGAUUAAUUAAGAGCAAUUAGGCUUUGCGGUAUAAUAUUAAAUUUGAAAUAGUGAAAUAAUUGUCAAUAUUCGGCAACAUCUCUCCUAUGCACAAGAGUAAAUUGCAAGAGGUCAUUAAAUACUUGACUGAAGGAAGAGAUACGCGACAGACAGAACUCAGGAGUGCCCAUAGUUAAUCCAGAAAACAAAAGGAGAAUAUUAGUCUACAUUAUUCAACCCUCAACAUCAGCAGUUCUAAGAACAAAAAAUCAAUGUCUCCUCAAGGAUUCACAUCCACAAGGAAAUAAUAAGGUGUCAAUGUUCUGGAUAUAAAUUAUUAAAUAUCUUAUAAGGAGUUAUUUUUAAAGAGUUUAAAAGUUACUAAGUAAAAAUGA